AUGUCGGAAGAAAUAGCAUCGGAAGUCCCAGCUACUGAAAAAGUUGAAUCUGUCACAGAUUUCGAUCAGGCAACGACAGAUAGCAGUCGUCAAUGUGGUCGGCUGAAACAUGCAGCAGCGUUUUCAUUGUUUCGUGAUUUGCACAUAAAUGAGUCAUUGCAUAGAAAACAUGCGAGAAGUGAUUAUAAAGUUUAUGAUUUGAAUAACAGAGUGAUUUUCUAUGUGGUAAACACAAGUGCGAUGCCAAUCACAAAAGAUGGUCCGUUUUGUCUGAAAGUGAUGAACAAGGAUAAAAAGGUAUUAGCAGUUGCCAAAUUCAUUCGAAAUGAGCCCAAACAAUCCUAUAAGCAAACGGGACUGGCUUCUUUAUUUGGAUGUUGUUCUGAUAUCGAAGACAAAAUGGAAGUCCUUGAUGAGAAUGGAAUGGUCAUCGCAAAAUCAUUCCUCCAUCAUGAUCAAUUUCGAGGAAUUGAGAUUGCUAUCAAGGAUCUAUCUGGUCAAGUGUUGAUAAGAAUUCGUGGGUCUAGAGAUCAAAAAGAUGCCUUCUCCGUCGUUGGACCAGAUAAUCGUUUUCUUGGAGAAAUCAGACAGAAGAUUAUUUCAUCUGGAAACUCCACGGAUAAUUACAAAGGAGUUGCUUGUUGGUUUUCUCCCGAAACUGAGUUGAACAUCAAAGUGUUUUUCAUGGCCGCAGCAUUUUUGAUCGUACGUUUGAAUGGGAAUUCUGAAACAGAAAUCGACUAUUUUUCUGAAGUCACCAGUCGCCAAGCUCCAUUUCAUACACCUGAAGCGGAUUAUCUCAACCCAAUAAUCAAAACCCCACCAUACCAUGAUCGGGUUCCAAAAAUCAGAAAAGUUGCGGCAAAAACGAAAAAGAAAAAAGGGAAAGUAUCGAAAUCUUCGAAAGAAUCAAGCCGCCAAUCAGAAACCAAAAGGGAAACUUUAAUGAUGCCAGAAAUUCAUCAUACAAGACACUUUGAUCCAAUUGGAGGAGAAGAGCAAGGUUUUGCGAAAAAAGAAAAAGCAGAAGAUUUCAAACCAACGGAACCAGCAGCAAAAGAAGAAGUGGAUGUGAAUGGAAUGACUAGAGAUCAAUUCAAGAAAGCAGCUGUAAAAGUGGUAGAAUAUCUCAUGAAACAAGAUGAGAACAUUCGAACAGCUCGUUGUUCUCCUGCACUGAAACCAGGAUAUCUAAAGGCUCUUCUACCUACAAAAGCACCUACAAAAGCUGAAGACAUUGAUGAUAUCCUCGAAGAUUAUCACAAAUUGAUCGUUCCGGGUCUAUCGCAUUCAAGUCAUCCCAAUUUCCAUUCGUUUUAUCCAGCUGGAAAUCCGUUUCAUUGUCUUCUUGCUGAUCUUCUUGGUGGUCAUAUCGGUGAUGCUGGCUUCUAUUGGACGUCGAAUCCAGCACUAACUGAACUGGAAGUGAUCAUGAUGGAUUGGUUGGGUGAAAUGAUGGCUCUUCCAAAAGAGUUUUUAUUGUUUCCGGAAGGUAGUCGCGGCGGAGGCUGUAUGCAGAGAUCUGACACCGAGUCAAACUUUCUCGUGCUAAUUGCUGCAAGAACUGAAAUGAUCCAACGAAUGAAACAACGGGACAGACGUCUGAGAUCAUCUGAUAUUCUGGCUCGUCUUGUUGCCUACACUUCUUCUGAUGCCCGUCGUUCCAUAAAAAAGGCUGCAGAAGUAGCAAUGGUGAAGAUGCGAGUUCUUCCUACUGACGAGAACUUUAUCCUUCGAGGAGAUACGCUUCACGCAGCUAUGGUAGCUGAUAUCGAGAAAGGGCUUAUCCCAUUCUUCGUCGGUGCCAAUUUCGGAACAUCAGGUCCUUGCUCUUUUGACCAUCUUCAUGAAUUAGGUCCGGUGUGCAGAGAUCAUGGAACAUGGUUGCAUGUGGAUGCUGCGUAUGCGGGUACUGCACUAAUAUGUCCAGAAACACGUGGAUUAAUGAGAGGAAUCGACUGGGCUGAUUCGUUCUGCACCACUCCGAGCAAACUGAUACUAGCAGUUUGUGAUGUCUGCUGUCUCUGGGUGAGAGAUCGUCAUAAACUACAACUCGCAUCACUGGAAAAUCAUCCAGAUCUACCAUUCAAAGGCCUUCCAACCAGUCAGAGAGUUGGAGCUCUCAAAAUUUGGUUCAUGAUUCGUUCAUUCGGAGUCGAAAAUCUUCAAAAUCAGAUUAGGGAGCAUAUCAAGUUAGGGCAAUUGAUGACCAAGAUGCUCCAAAAAGACUCAAAAUUUGAAGUGUGCAAUAAGGUUGUGAUGGGAUUAAUUUGCUUCCGUGUCAAGGCCAACGAUAUGUUCAAUAAGGCUUUUUUGUACAGAUGCAAUGAGACUGGAAAAAUCAGUUUGGCAUCGUGCAUCUUGCAAAACAAAUUUGUGAUCAGAAUGUGUAUAAACUCGCCAAGAUGUUCAGAAGAGGAUCUGGAUGCUACAUACAAACUGAUAUGCAACGAAUACGAUAUCUUACAGCCAUUCCAAAAUCGUAUUGAAGUAAUGAAUGAGGCAGAACUAGAAGAGUUCAUCCGUGCACCAGCCAAAGUUCAUUCAUCUGCCGAAGUCUCUCGUCGUUUUCCUGUUCUCAAUCCAUUAGAACCAUAUAGAAGUCUUUCUCAGAUAACAUCUCGGAUUCAAAGUUCUGAAUGCCUCGGUACAUUAUUUUUUCAAUCUCAUCACUUUCAUUGUUUUUUUCCAGAUGCACCUGUUAAAACUCCAAAAUCACCUCAACCAACAGCCUCAUCCCCUUCUAACGGUCCACCAACUCGUACUCCAGCUCCAGAUAAUUCUGAGAAAUCUGAUCAGUGA